UAGAAAUAUCAAAGUGAAAACCAUGGCGCGCCCGGUCAUGCUAGUCGCCCUGAUCGUCGUAUUCCUAACAUUGAUCUCCUCGUCGACGACGGAGUUCGUCUUCGAAGAUGUCUUCAAUGAUCCGGAACGCGACACCUUUCUCCACGGAACCUUCCCCGAGGGAUUUAUCUGGGGUGCCGCUACGGCAGCCUAUCAGAUCGAAGGAGCUUGGGAUGAGGAUGGAAAGGGACCAAAUAUCUGGGACGCUUUCACUCACAUCCCUGGAAAGACAUAUGACAACCAGAAUGGCGACGUCGCCUGCGACAGCUAUCAUAAUGUUGAACGCGACGUCGAAAUGGUCAAGGAGCUCGGUCUGACGCACUAUCGAUUCUCUCUCUCCUGGUCAAGAAUAUUCCCGACUGGGUUUACCCAUCAGGUGAAUCCCGCAGGGGUGCAGUACUACCACCGUCUGAUUGAUGCCCUCCUAGAAGCUGGUAUCCAACCCGCUGUUACCCUCUAUCACUUCGAUCUUCCUCAGAUGUUAGAAGAACUUGGUGGAUGGGAAAAUGAGAUGAUGGUCCUCUACUUUCAGGCUUAUGCCGAUUUUUGUUUCAAUGAGUUCGGCGAUAAGGUGAAGAUUUGGUUUACAAUCAACGAGCCCAAAGUGAUCGCUAUCCAGGGGUACGAGGCAGGCAUAUUCGCACCGGGAAAGACGCGCCCGGGCUACGGAACCUAUCGCGUCGUACAUACCAUGCUGAAGGCGCACGCGCGUGCGUGGCACACGUACGAUCAGAAGUACCGCGCAACACAGGGCGGGAAAAUUUCCAUCGUCUUUAACUCGUUCUGGUCAGAGCCGGCUGACCCAGAGAAUCAGGCCGAUGUUGAGGCGGCGGAGAGGAUGAGGCUGUUUGAACUCGGCUCCAUGGCGAAUCCCAUAUUUGGAAACGGAGACUAUCCGGAGCUUGUCAAGGCUGUGGUAGGGAAUAUGAGUCGUGCUCAAGGUCUUACCGUGACCCGUAUGCCUUCAUUCACUCCUGAGGAACAGCAGCUCAUCAAGGGUACAGCCGACUUCUUUGGUCUCAACCACUACUCAACAAGAUUUGUUGCCUACAAGAAACCUGAAUUCAACCCCGUACCCACCGUAUACGAUGAUUUCCAGGCGGAGUUCAGUUCCGAUCCGGUCUGGCCACAAGCUGCAUCUGAAUGGCUAAAGGUUGUUCCAUGGGGUUUCCGUCGUCUUCUAAAUUGGAUCAAGACUAACUAUGGUGACGUACCCAUCUACGUCACAGAGAACGGUGUAUCUGAACCAGACGGGCCCCUGAACCUGGAUGAUGAAUUGAGAACCAAGUACUACCGAUCGUAUAUCAAUGAAGCUCUCAAAGCCUCCAAAAUUGAUGGUGUCAACCUGCAGGGGUACUUUGCUUGGACUUUGCUCGACAACUUUGAAUGGGCUUCGGGAGUCAGCGAACGCUUCGGUUUGUACCACGUAGAUUUCAACGAUCCUGCGCGUACUCGACGCGCCAAGAAUUCGGCUCUCACCUACACCCAGAUCAUCAAGGAUAAUGGAUUUCCAUCUGACGAAGAGGCCAAAGUAGAAUUGUAAAAUGUAACAGAAUUAUAUAUUUACUUAUAGUAUACUUGAGUAAAAUAGCUGGUAAAAUAGAUGCAAAUAUUUAGUCAUGUGUUCGGACAGGUUCGUUAUACCGACAGGCGGUUAUAUUUCGGACGGUAAUUUGAAGAAGAUUGCAAGCAAUAUUUUAAGAAUUAUUGAUGACAGCGUUAUAAAGGACACAUAUUCAUGGGUCAUGGUGGUUAGUGCUAUUUAGUGCUUUUUCUUUAGAUCCAAAGGUAAAAGAAUAGUUUUAUUUUUUGGUGAAGUGCCCGAACACAUACAAAAGGGAAGAGGUGAAUGUGCACAUAAAACUACAACCUACCCCAAUCCAUCUGACAUUAUCAUUCUCUGACAUCUUAUCAAACUUUUCGGAUCUUCCCCUUCCUCAGAGCAUUAAAUCUAUGCCCCCCUCAAUGGCUGGACGCGCGCUAUAUAAUUAUGUUCCUGCUUUGUAUAUGAUCAGCGGUGACCGACUGUUAAGGUUUGUUUAGAUAUGACGGGGCAACUGCGGCUUUCUUCUUUUUUCUUCGGAUGUAAACUGCAAUACCCUUCCCAUUUCUGAAUGUACUUAUAGUACAAAACUUAGCCGUGGUUGCGCGCAGUUGCCUUACAAAAUAUAUAACCGCGGAGGUUUUUACACCGACAUAUCUGAACAAGCCUUCAUUAUGAUUUAUUUUUCUCACAUUUUUUGAACUUCAAACGAUACAAAUAAAGCAUGGGCAAUAUUCAUUUAAUUGUUUAAUGUUUAUACCUAUCUCAUUGAUUUACAUGAUAAUAUCAGACAUAUCGUUUAUCGCCCGACCGUAUAUGUCGUGUGCAAACGAGACCUCUCUCCUAUGUUCUCGAUGCAUGCUCGGAAUCAGGGGAAAACAUUCCGUUCCUCGGACAAAAACGUAAAAGAUAAAGUUAAGUUUUGGUCAUGCCAUUUCAUUG